AUGGAACACUCCUCUCCUCUGGCUGCCAUGCAGCCACCGUCAGUCAUGUUCGGCCAUUGCUUUAGGUCAGAAGCUGCAAAUGGAUAUUCGCUUGGUCCAAUGGCUGGCUUUGGUGGCAAUCCUUUCAACUUCAAGGACCUGUCUAUGAAGAGGUCCAGUGCGGACUACUUCAAUAUGAAACCAGUUCGGGGAUCUUCCCCCACAGCGAGUUUGGCAGCUGACCUGUCGCAAAACUUUCAUAUUGAUCAAAGUCCGCAAUUAGCGACACCACGCCGGUCUUUGUUCACAGCCAACAUGCUGAGCCAGGCCAAUCGUCACGAUGAUGUUAUGACCACUCCUCCACUCGAUUCUUCACCCGCCCCGGCCAUGGACGUGAUGGAAAUGUCCCCUCUCCCGCAUAAACCAGCCUUCAUUGUAACUGCAGAGUUGGAAGUACACUCGCCUACCCCGGACUGCGGUCAUAUGGAAUCGCCAGUUAUGUCGCCGGCUCCCAGUCCCCUACAGGCAUCUCCCAUUGAGUCUCCAUUAUGCCAACCCGAGCGAAAGCGGCCCGCUUUCCUGCGUCCCAGUCUUGCCAGGAGCAAGGCUCAGUCUUUCCAGCUCGGAAUGUCCCGACCAGCACCAGAGAGCAAGGCUCCUCCCUUCAGGUUUGGCACUGGAGCCAAGACCUCGCUCAGUACAUCGACCUCGUUGGAAGAUAUGUUCGGAGACUCUCCUCCCCAUGAGCGCCCUUUGUCCCGGAACAACUCGUCGACUAACUUGGCACCGCCUCGUUUGCGUCCACCAUUCGCUCAUGCCCGUAGCAGCGGCUCCCCUGCUCCCAGUUCAAUUCGCAAGCCGUCUCAUCCCUUGAUGCGCCCCCGCAAGCAGUGCCGGAGGUCAUUGAGUAUGUUUGAGCACCCAGCUGAUGUGAUCGCCGAUAAAGAGGCCAAGGUAGCAACAAAUACACCACUGCAGGCAGUCAGUGACAUCUCGAGCCCGCCCAGCAUGAAGCUGCCUCACUUCAUCCCUGAGGAUCGUGCGGACUCAUUGCCUCGUAUCGAAAAGAGCACACUUCUGGAGCUCAUGGAUGGAAAGUUCAAUGAACACUUUGAUAACAUCCUGGUUAUCGACUGCCGCUUCGAAUAUGAAUAUGAUGGUGGUCAUAUCAAUGGUGCCUUGAACUAUAACGACAAGGAUAAGCUCGCCGGUGAGCUCUUCAGUGCCCCAAGGGCCCGUACAGCUUUGGUCUUGCACUGCGAAUACUCCGCGCACAGAGCUCCCAUCAUGGCCAAGUAUCUGCGUCACCAUGAUCGUGCCAUCAAUGUCGAUACAUACCCCAACCUGACUUACCCUGAUAUGUACAUUCUGGAUGGUGGUUAUAGCUCAUUCUUUGCCGACCACCGCUCAUUCUGCUUCCCGCAAAACUAUGUGGAAAUGAGCGAUAAGGAGCACGAGUUUGCUUGUGAGCGUGGCCUUGGUAAGGUCAAGCAGCGCUCCAAGUUGAAUCGCGCUCAGACAUUCGCCUUUGGUGAACAGUCACCCCAAAUGGAGGAUAGCCCUACUGGACGCUGUCGAUUUGACAGUCAGCGCGAGCGAUUUCUUGGGUCGUCCCCCUUCUCCGCAAGCCCUGUGCCCCAACGGACACCUGGUCGCCGGAUGCUUUCAUACUAA